AAAAUAACGCUAACACAAAAGUAAAUAAUUAAUCUAACUUGCAAUAUCUGUAAGAUGUUUUAGUUUAGUUUAGAGGAGCAUAAGUGCACUUUGUCUUUGCCAACUCUUCUCUGGAUAUCCCAAAUUAACAACGUGUCGAGUCAGAGGAAUUUUCUGUUGAUGCCUUUUAUCUGCGAGGAUUAAACAACAUUUCAGAGAACAAACUGUCUAUUGAAAUCUUCCUCUUUCCUGGAUCAUGUACCAGGACUACUCCGGGAACUACGACACCUCGUCCCGCGGCAGCAGCACCUCUCCGGCCCAGCCAGAGUCUUUUACAAGCGGCAGCAGCACGAUCGGAAGUCCGAUCCCUACCUCAAGCUACCAGAAGUACAGGGUCGAUAUGCCCGGCUCCAGCAGUGCCUUCAUCCCCACCAUCAAUGCAAUCACAACCAGCCAAGACCUACAGUGGAUGGUGCAGCCUACUGUCAUCACCUCCAUGUCCAACCCUUACUCCCGUUCCCACCCGUAUGGGCAUCACCUGAGCAACGGGCCGGGACUUCUGGGGCACAACACGCUCUCUCGACCUGGGGUCAUCCGCUCUAUUGGGGACGCCAGGGGCCGACGCAAGAGGGAUGAGCAGCUCACCCCAGAGGAAGAGGAAAAAAGGAGGGUGAGGCGUGAGAGGAAUAAGUUAGCCGCAGCCAAAUGCCGCAACCGCAGGCGAGAGCUCACAGAGAUGCUACAGGGGGAGACUGAGAAGCUGGAGGAGGCGAAAGCAGACCUCCAGAAGGAGAUUGAGAGCCUGCAGAAGGAAAAAGACAAGCUGGAGUUCAUGCUGGUUGCCCACAAUCCCAUGUGCAAGUUGCCCAUUGAUGAGCGCCACCAGCCAUCAGGGCAGCAGCAGUGCGCUCCUCUCCCACUGACCAUGCGCCCCAACAUGGGCACCCGGUCUCAGACGAACCAAGUAGUUGUGAAGCAAGAGCCGGAGGAUGACGAGGAGGACAUGGGCAAGCCUCAGCGCUCUGUCAUCAAGCCCAUCUGCCUGGGUGGUGGCAGUGUCAGCGGUGGGAUAUACUGCACAGAUGGAGACAGCCUGAACACGCCAGUGGUGGCCGCAUCCACCCCAGCUGCCACGCCCAAUGCCCCAAACCUUAUAUUCACCUACCCCAACAUGCUGGAGCCUGAGAGCCCCUCACCCUCCUCAGAGUCCUGCUCCAAGGCCCACCGGCGCAGCAGCAGCGGCGGCGACCAGUCCUCAGACUCCCUCAACUCCCCAACCCUCCUGGCCCUCUGAGCGGGGGUUUGGCUCAGCACGGCUGAGAAACAAACACUGUGGCUGAAGGCAAGCCUGAGGAUCAACUGCGUGUUCCCACCUCCACCCUCUAGUGUCUUUUAAAGACCCAAGAGCACAUUCAAGUCCAGACCAAGCUGACCAUGUGAGCCGUUUCCCCUCCACAGGGAAACCCACAAGGGCUAUGCCAUGUGUUUCCUCUUGUUCUGCUUCAGUGUGAAAUUUUUUAUUUGUAAAAGUGUGUGCACCAAUCCUAAAACCAAGUGUCAUCCCUUCACCAUUUCAACUCCAGAGUGUCAACUUGUUUACGGAGCAGACUAUUCUGAAGAAAGACAUGCCUAAAUGUGGCAAUUGUGAGUUGAUGUGACUAAACUAGAGGGUGCAUUCUUAAUUUUUUUUGAAAAUGUUUAAAAAGCCAUGUGGCUGACAUUGCACUCUGCCAAGACGAAUCAAUAAAUCACUAAACGAGGUCAGCCUUCUACUGGAAUUUUUCAGGAGAGACAGAGACCAUGAGCAAAGACUUCCUCUCGACCUUUUUUCCAUUUAGAUUUGUCCUUUCAUAACUUGGACCUUGAUUCAGGAACCUCUACUCAAGUGUGUGCAAAUUUCUGAUGUUAUUUCCAUCUCUUUAAUUGUAUUUAUGGCCUGUGCUGAUUAAAUUUUACAAAGUGUUUUGAGACAUUGUCCUCUCCUUAAUCUGCCUGUAGAAAAGCAAACAGGUCACCCACGGGGUGGCUGACGCACUUCUCAGUGUUGCAAAGGAUAUGAGCCAACUUUCAAUCAAUAACUAGUUCCUCAGUACUCUAUACCUUCUAUUUUGCCAUAGCGGUUUGACUUUACAGUAGUGUCGGUGUGCUUUUCCUCAGUGAUUCUGUACCUGAAUUUUACAACCUGUUUAUGACUCUGUGUAUGUGAUUUACAUUGAUGUCAGGGAUAUCACUCAUGUAGUAGAACCCCAUGGUGAAGAGCAUUGCAGGACUGCAGGCUGUUGAAUGGUCUAGUCAGAGUGUUGCAGAGGUGGUAGUAUAGAAGAAAACACCUCGUCACUUCAUUGUGUCUCAUGCAGAAAGGGUUGUCUUUUCACUCAGACAUCAAAGUUUGAACAAAACCCUCCUCCACUGGAUUCUGUACUUCUUUGUUUAUCACAUUCUCUAAAUAAAGGUCUUACCUUUUUUCAACACUGCCUCUUAGGGCAGGUCAGGUUUCAAAAAGCCAAAAAGGUUUGUAUGACACAUGUAAUCCUGUGAUUUGUACGUCUUUGUCAAAAUGGAGGGAUUUUGCUCAAAUUGGAUAAAGCCACUGUGGUCUAGACUAUCACCAGCUGCCAAUGUUGUCAACAGUGUCUGUAAAUCUGUCACGUUUAGUAAAGAAAUUAUGUUUAAAUUCAA